AUGAAGUUCCUCAAGGUCGGCCGAGUCGCCAUCAUCACCCACGGCCGUUAUGCCGGCAAGAAGGUCGUCAUCAUCCAGCCUGUCGACUCUGGCAACAAGGCUCACCCCUUCGGCCACGCCCUGGUCGCCGGCAUCGAGCGCUACCCCUCCAAGAUCACCCGCCGCAUGAGCAAGACUCGCCAGGAGAAGCGCAACAAGAUCAAGCCCUUCGUCAAGCUCGUCAAUUACAACCACUUGAUGCCCACCCGCUACACCCUGGAGCUCGAGGGUCUCAAGGGUGUUGUCAGCAACGACACCUUCAAGGAGGUCACCCAGCGUGAGGACGCCAAGAAGACGGUGAAGAAGGUUCUGGAGGAGCGUUACACGAGCGGAAAGAACAGAUGGUUCUUCACGCCUCUUAGUAUGUCACUCCCUCCAUCGGUCGUGUGGUACCUCGGUUCUCACGAGGAUGAUCUUCGCGUCGGCCCAUGA